GCUCCUCGUUGACAUUCUCGUCGCCGCGCCCCCUCUCUUUUGUUUUUGUUUCCUGCUGAGCAACGCAGAAUUCACCUUUGUGUCCAUCCGACUAUCUCAUCAUCAUGUCCAACGGGGCCGUCGCACCGCCACCGGACCCAGGAGCAAAGGAGCACCUCAACUUCGAGGGCCGCGUCCGUGCAGAGAAGCGCAAGGAUGUGCUAGUCGAUGCCUACAACAACUAUCUCGCUGCUCACCCCGAGAUCAAUCCUCUGCUGCACGAUAUUAUGCAGCACGUCUUGGUGCACAAGCCGGACCAUCCGCUGGAGGCGAUAAGGGACUACGUCAAGUCCCGGUCUCCCGAAACGCAAGUAGGUAAUGCGACGCAGGAGUGA